UUUAUUUAUCUGAAUUAAUCUUCAUGUUUCUCUGAAACAGCUCUUCAAUUCAUAAUGUGUUCACUUUGAUUUCAUUUUUUGAAACAACAAUUGUGUUCGUUGUAUUUUGUUUUAUACGUGCAAAUGAUUAUUUGUAAUACCACAGUACAACUGACCGCUUUGUCUGACACAGUAUCCAUGAAUUAUGUUAAAGGGUCCUUUGAACGUUGUGUUAAAUUGACAAAAUUAACAAAAAAUAUUUCAGAUUUGCAAAUUUUCGUUAUAGUUAUGAUAUUUGUGAGGAAACAGUAAUACUGAACAUUUACCAUGCUCUAAAAUAGCUAUUAUAUGCAUCUUCAGACUGAAGGUUAAAAAACAUGAAAAUUAAUAAAGCGUUGCAACGCGAAACGAUUGAAUAAUUUGGAGAGUUCUUUUGUUGUUAUAUUUUGUAAAACUACGAGGAUUGCAUAUAUGAAGUGUAAAAUACGUUCUUCAUCGUAUGAGCACGCAUGGCCGAGUGGUCUCAGUGGUAGACUUUUUACUCAAAGACUCCAGGGGUCAGUGGUUCGAGCCCUGUUGAGGACGACGUGUUGUGAUUGAGCAGCUGCUACCAUGGCGAGUUCUUUCCCGAAUCCGAGUCCACCACUGGCCCCUCCGACCCCCAAACCGUCCCCUUUCAGAAAUCUACAGGCGGUCAAGGCCGCUCCACCUACUCCGAGUAAACCUGCGAUCGAGCUUCUCGAAAUAUCAUCCGGCCCGAGGCUUGUGGUAGCGAUUGACUUCGGGUCGAACAGGAGUGGGUACGCUUGGCAGUUUCGGACGGACUUUGAGCGAGACCGUCUGGACAUCCAUAUCAACACGAAAUGGCCCGAGGGUGGACUCUGUUGCUACAAAACACUUACUGCGCUUCUGUUGAAGCCCGACCAGUCGGUUGCCGAGUUCGGUUUCAGAGCUGACAAGAGGUUCAGCACAAUCAAGGAAGAAGAAUCCGACUGGGAAAACUGGUACUUCUUUCGAGGGUUCAAGAUGAUGCUUUAUGCAAAUGCCAAUUCUUUAGAUGCAAAAACCACAAUGGAAGACGCUAACGGUCGUCACCUGCCAGCUUCAUUGGUCUUUGGAAAGUCAAUUCAGUUCAUUAAAGAGCACGCAAUACAGAGUCUUAAAGAGGCAGGAGUUCCAUACAUAGAAGAUCAUACUAAAUGGGUGAUCACAAUCCCAGCUAUAUGGAAUGACCGUGCAAAGGGUUUGAUGCGAAAAUCAGCUACGGAUGUGGCGGGAAUUCCAGCAGAUAACCUGACGAUUGCUCUAGAACCGGAGUGUGCGGUCAUAUACUGCAUUCAGCUCAUACGUCAACAACUUGAAAUCGACGGCGAUUUAGGCAAACUGCAGUAUAUCGCGGCCCCGGACUCCGUGCUUAUGUUGGUCGACAUGGGAGGAGAUACAGUUGAUAUCACAACAGUUCGCGUUGGCGAAAGAGGGCAAAUGGAACAAUUGCAGAUGUCAGGUGGCGGACCAUGGGGCGGUAUGAGGAUCAAUGAAAAGUUCUUCAUUUUGCUUAGAGAACUUAUUGGCCAAGACGUAUUGGACAAAUUUGUUACAGAGAAUGAAAUGGAUUACUUCGAUCUUAGGAUGGACUUUGAAACACAAAAACGAGAGGUUAAACACCCAAGUGACUCGGAUUCCAGCCCACGAUUUCGACUCAGAAUUCCUGAUUCACUGAAAACUUUGUGGGAAAGGAAAACAAACAAAACCCUUUCAGAUAUUAUGAAACAAGAUCAUAUGAGGGAAAAAGAUAUAAAGUUUGCAAGUUCGCGCCUAUCAAUUCCAAUAAAAAUCAUCCAUGAAAUGUUUGAUGAAGGUGUACAAGAAAUUUUGAAUUUCACAAAUAAGAUUAUUGUGUCCCACAAAGUUAAGGGAUUGCCUAUUACAGCGGUGAUAGCUGUUGGAGGUUUUGCGAUGUCAAGCUAUGUGAUGAAGGCAUUGAGGCAGGAGCUUGGUGGAAAGAACAUACCGGUUGUUCGUCCUCAGAUCACGGAGUUGGCCCUCUUGCUCGGUGCAGUUCUUUUCGGACAACAAGAGGACAUCAUAACUUCCCGAAUAAUGCCGUACACGUAUGGCGUGUCGUGUACCAUGGCAUUUAAUGCGGCAAGACACAGCGCGGAACACAGAUUUGAAGACGGCGGGAGGCUUUGGGCUAACAACUCUUUUCGGAAGCACGUUACUCGCGGCCAGGCUGUUAAACGUGGAGAAUGGAUCGUGGACAAGGAUUACUUCCCUGAAUGUGAUGACCAAACGUCGGCGACUAUCUACGUCUUUGCCUCCGACAAAACGGAUCCGAUUCACACUACUGACGAAGGUUGUCAGUUCGUGGGUCAGUUCGACGUGGAGUUUCCACGAACUGUGGCUAAACCAAUAGCAAGAAAGGCAGUAACAGUAGCAAUGCGAUUCGGAGGCACGGAGUUGGAGGUUAAAGCAACAAGCAAUGACGGGAAAACAUGCAAGAAAAAAUUAAAAUUUUAAACUAUACAAAAUGAAUGUUUUGAAAGAUUUUGUAUUAUUAUUGACGAUUAAAAGCACAGAGGUGUGACGGAAAAAUAAGUACAUCCUAUAUUUUAUCUCAUGUACUUUGAAUGUAAAUAAGACUUAUUUCGGGGGGAAAUGUAUAUAUUAUAUAUACAUUUAGGGUGGUCGAGUGGUUCGAUUCCCGGCCCGGGCACUGGAAAUUUCAGAAAUGCUUCAUGUGUUUCCCAUCAACUAGAGAUGUACUGGUAUGAAACCAAGGUAAUUCUCACGUGUAUCGGUGCUAUACACUGAGUAUUUCGCAAAGAGCUAGGGCAUCGCACCGGAUCCCUUGUAUCCCAAUACUGUCUCUUCUGCUUGCUGUCUCUUCAGCGAAAUCCAAAGGACCCGAUUGGAAAUAAGUGCUUGCACUUUCAUGGGUUAUUCUUGACUACAAGGUCAAAAGAAACACAUACAUACAUACCAUUCUUUUUUUCUUUAUUUUUAAGUUUGAAACUGUUCUCGGAAUAUUAAUUUCUGUAGUGUUUGGCUAUAGGCCUACUGCAGUAGUGAUUCAUGGGACAACGACCAAGGACAGGACCACAAUGGAAAUAAGGGCUUGCUCUUUUUUGUGUUAUCCUUGGUUUGGUGAGCAUGUUAUAGUUUUUUGUACAUGAUAUAGUUUUUAAUAAUUGCUUAUAAUUUUAUUCUAUGUUAUGUUGUGAACUGUGUAUAUGCUUCAUAUGCCGAAAUAAAUCUAUCUAUCUAUUUAACGUAGUAUUAUUGUAAAAGCAGUCGUGGGAUACGCGUACUGCUUUUUAUUAUAAACCUGUUUAAUGCUUUUAACAAAAUACAGGUUGUAUCAAUCGUUGAAAUAAAAAAUCCCGUAUUACGCUACUCGCUGUUUCCAAUUCCGUAUUACCAUACUAGCCGGACUACUUCGACCCAUUUAAUGACGUCACAUUACACGCACCGAAAAUAGAAAUAUUUUAUAUUACGAAAUAUAUUACGUUGUACAUCGUGUGACGUCAUUUCUGUGACAAAACACACUCGUUUUAUCUAAACUCUGUAAGGACAUGAAGGACGUGGUGUUUUUUAGCAGUAAACUAUGUGUUAAAAACGUAUUUUGGAGUGUGUGUUUAUCAUGCAUAAAUGAUAUAUAUUUCAAUAGGAAUACAAUAAAAUAGUGUGGUUUAAACUAAGUUUCGAUAAAGACAUGGGAGAUAGAAGUGGAAAUGCAUAUCGUUUAAACGUUUUUGUUAUAAACAUCGGAUUUAAGUUGUCAACUUAAUUGUUAUAAAAAUUGGAUUAACGAUGGCAUUAAGGUAAGCGUGUCGGAAACCUGUGUUUUCCCGGUUCGAAUGUUUACACGUAAAUUUACAUAAACUGUAUUCAUACGCGUCUUAAAUAAACUAUGGCGUACCGUUUAAGUCAUUGUUUUGUCAGUUUUGUUAAAGUAAAAAAUAUAUAUGUUAACUGUUUUCGUUAGUUGUUGUAUAUAAUAAAAGGAAUAUCUCGUGGCUUGUGCUAUUUCGCAUCACACUCGAGGCUCCGCCUCUCGUGUGAUACGUCAUCACACAAGCCACUCGAGUGAUACAAACUCUUGGAACAAUUGGUUAGCGUAAUAUUCCGUAUUUAUCGCAUACCAUACCCUGUUUCCCAUGUAAUAUAACCAUUACUUUUUUUUAUUACACAUGUGUAAUAAAACAUUUUUAAGCGUUUUCAUUGGCUAAUUUUUCGUUUAUUGACCAAUCGCAUUUUGUUAUUUUGCUGAAAUGACGUUGCAACGUCAUAUGACGUAACGAUUUAUCGGGAUUUAUCAUUAUGUUUGCGUACAUAUUUAUUUAAUUUGCUCAUUUAAAACCAUGUGAUAGAAAAAAUAUCUGACACUCGUUGUCAUAUCAUACCAUAUUUUAUUAAACUCGUCCAGGAAAUUCGUUGGUAAGCUCGCCAAAGGCUCGCUUACUAACAAAAUUCUUGAACUCGUUUAAUAAAUAUGGUAUGAUAUGACAACGAGUGCCGGAUCCUAUAUAUAUAUUUCAAAUCUUAUGCUGUAUUAUGUUGGUUCUUUAUCUUCACUCUUAUCCCCGCAAGGUCUUCCUGCACGAAUAAUCUAGUAACGUUCAGAGGAAGGGAUCUUGACUUUUUUCUUUGCUCUUUACCUUAAACCAAGCUACGUUGUAAAUGGUUGUAUUUCUUUAAAUUUAAUAAGACGCGUGAUAACAUUCAGAUUUAAUACAUCUUAUUUGUUUAGUUCUACGAGUGAGAAUGCGCUGAUGAUGAGUAUUUCUAAUUUGUAUAGUUAUGUUGAUACACUCAAGCCAUAUAGAUUUAAUAAUCCGAUAUUAUAAGCAUACAACGGAAGAUGCAUGCUUGCAUUGUUUUCAGGUAACCCUGUCAUACUUCUACAUUUUAAGUAAUUGUUUCGCGCGAUAAUCUUUGUUAUCAUGUUAAUUAUAUGCAUUUUACGUAUUUUAUGUUAUUUCUAUAAAUUCUUAUUUGUAUGGGACAUUAAAAUAAUGUUGUAGAAAUAGUAUUUGUUGUGUAAUAAGCUCUACUGUGAUCGCAAAUGUUAUAGUGUAAAUCAUUUUGUAAUAUACUAGCAUAUGUUAUACCAUGUAAUAUAUUUAUAUAAUAAAUGUGUUGUAAGUAUGUAAUAGAGAUUGGAAUUUAUGUACCUGUAAUACUACAUAAAACCACAUUUUGGUCUGUAUGUACCGUUGUUAUUCUUAUUUUUUCGCAAACUUACAACAGCCGUGUAUUACUACAUAAAACCACAUUUUGGUCUGUAUGUACCGUUGUUAUUCAUAUUUUUUCGCAAACUUACAACAGCCGUGUAUUACUACAUAAAACCACAUUUUGGUCUGUAUGUACCGUUGUUAUUCUUAUUUUUUCGCAAACUUACAACAGCCGUGUAUUACUACAUAAAACCACAUUUUGGUCUGUAUGUACCGUUGUUAUUCAUAUUUUUUUCGCAAACUUACAACAGCCGUGUAUUAAGUGUCCUCUUCUAAAUAUGAGUAUCAACGUCUCUCUGGCAAAUCAUGGCUUAAUAAAUGUGCGUUUAAAGUAGUCCCAGAUUAGCCCGUUUAGUCCGCGCACAGGCUUAUCAGGGAAGAAACUCACCGCUUUUAUGGUAUUUUUCGUUAGAAGGAAAUCUUUUCUUUGCGAAAAACCUAGUUUAGGCGGUAAGUGUCGUCCUUGACAAGCCUGUGCGGACUUCACAGGCUUAUCUGGGAUUACAAUACGCACAUUCUUUUAGCCCGAUUUUCCCUGAGCGAGGCUCAUACACAUGAUUUGCUAUGUAUCAAAAACAUGUAUUAAUAAUUUACUUUGUCAUAAACAUGACAAGUGGCCAUUCAAACAUAGACCAUCUACAAACAUUUUAUUAUUGCUGAACAAUAAAACUUUUUGUGAA